AUUUGAGUUGUAUGUUAUAUUUUUUUAAACUGCAUGGCUUCAACCUCGUAAAAUCUCCUUCUCUCCCUCUAUUUUUCCAACUCUCUCCUUUUCGUCUGCAGAGAGCCCCUUUUCCCCGCCUGCAAUUCUCGGCGAAUCUCCCUGGCGCUCCAUCGCUUACGUCUCCCUCUCUAAACGAGGGCCGCCAGCCCUGCAACGGAUCUUCACAAAUGAAUUGGAAAGAAAGGAAGAAGAUAGAAGACCAAAAUGUGGUUUCCUUAGGUGGAAAGUGUGGGCUCUCUCUCUCUCUCUCUAAAUUUUACCUUCCUCCAUGCUUCUUCCUGGGUGUUGUUGAUCAGAUUCCUUGGAAAUAUACUAGCAAAAGCCAGAAAAACAGGCCAGAAGAUCAAGUGCUUAAAAUUAGCCAAGGUAAUUUCAGAAAUGGCGUGUUAAAUGUGAAGCAUAUUUUGAGGAAGGAUGAAGCUGCUUCCCGGGUGGAAGUCCAUAACCAUGGAGCUGGUAAAGAGAAGAAGAGAGGCAAAAAGAAGCAGCAGAAGGGCAGAAAGAGAAGGUGCAGGAGCUAACUUGGACAGGAAAUUACUGAGCUUGUUAGUUAGAGACAUGAAUGAGCAUUGGUAAUACAGUUUAUGUAUAUCAUGAUUUUUUGUAGCUUUCAUACAAAAGACUGAUAAAUGUAUCAUGUGAAUCUGAUUAUAUAUGUGAUAAAUUACUGACUA